CCCCAUCUCCGUGUUGUGCUUGUUUGUAGCCGCCACUCGUGGGGACGAAGCCCUCGUCAGUCCUCCCUUCCUCACCAUGUCGUCGGCGGCGGGAGGAGACGGGGAGACGGUGCGGGCGUCGCACAUCCUCAUCAAGCACCAGGGUUCCCGCCGCAAGGCCUCCUGGAAGGACCCCGACGGCCGCAUCAUCUCCGCCACCACGCGCGCCGACGCCGCCGCGCGCCUCCUCGACCUCCGCAACCAGAUCCUCUCCGGCCAGGCCAACUUCGCCGACCUCGCCGCGCGCCACUCCGACUGCUCCUCCGCGCGACGCGGCGGGGACCUAGGUACCUUUGGGAGGAAGCAGAUGCAGAAACCAUUUGAGGACGCUACAUAUGCCCUCAAGGUUGGUGAGCUCAGCGAGAUCGUGGACACGGACAGUGGGGUUCACGUCAUCCUGCGGACUGCCUGAGGAGAGAACCAUGCUGUCAGCUGAGUCUCAGGCUUUCAGUUAGCGCUUAUGGCUUUCUAUUAGGACCUGUAUUUUUAUUCCUGCUGGGUGCUUGAGUUUACAUUCCGGCAGAGAUAAAAUCAUGUGUGACAACACGUUUCCAACAGCAUUUGUGCUUAACCUGUAUUGAUGAUGAUGCCUUGAGCUCCUGACUGCCUAGUUUUUUCCUGGCGACAGUCUAUUUGUCUGCUUCUGAUUAUAAUUCUUGGACUCGAUGAUUGUUCCUUA